AUGCUUAAAGAUGCCCCGCUGUCUGCUGUGGUGAAUUGCAUCGAUGAAGCUUGCACUUCGUCAUUACCCACGACAUCAUCAGCAUCGGAUGGAUCCCAUCCAGUGAUGAACGAGGAUGUAUUGGAUCUACACGAUGAUGAACGAUUGAAUCCAAAGAACCAACCAUCGUUUGUUUCUCUGGAACGAUUCUUCCGAGAGCAAUUACGGAUUGACCAAUUACAAACUAAAUUCAUGAAAGAAUAUUAUUUAUCUUGUUACAAGCUCCACUUGGAGAAAAAGACGGAGAGGAAACGACGAACAAAUCAAGUUGUGGACUUUGAUGGACUACAGGAAGAUUUCCAAACGUUUUUAGAAAUUGUGAAUGAAUGUGCUGAAAAACAAGCAGAAUUGCCAAAAAGAGAGGAUGACAGAUCAUAUCUUGAAAUAGGAGAACGUGGAUGGUAUAUCAUACACCACUGGAUAUGCCCUAUUUUCAAGAUGAAAAAAAAAGAUCGAAUUCCCGAGCUAGAAUGUGAUACAUGCAAAAAGCAUUUUGCAACCUUAACAGAAAAUAAUGUUUGGGAAGAGUUUUUGCGAGAACGUAAUAAUUUCAAACCUUCUCUACACAUGGAACCAUUGAGUUUAUUUGAAAAAUUUAUCGACAUUUUUACACAACGACCAACGAGUAACUAUACUCACUACGAUCUAGGAGGACAUGCAUCUACGGAAAUUUUUGCACGAGGAAUCGCUAAAUCAACAGCCAUGACACACGUAGUUUUGACCCCAAGCUUGCAAGGAGGUGACGCAAAAAACAAUCCCCAUUCGUUCAAUGCUCUUCUUCGUGGUAUUGAGGAAAAUACAAGUAUUUUCUCAAUUGAUUUAGCUGGAAUUACAAUCGAAAAUGACUCAACUGCCAAGGCUAUCUGCAAAAUGAUUGCCAAUAAGAAAAAUCUGCAAAGAGUUGCUGUUUCUGGAGUAGAUGUGCGAAAAGAAGAAUAUACAACACGCCUACUUAAUGCCAUUUACUCUUCUUCAGCUAUACAAAUUGAGAUUUAUUUAUAUUCUGAAUUAGAUAGUAAUUUCAGAUUUUUAGAAAACGCAUCUAACGAAACACGGAAAGCGUUAACACGAUUAUUGACCUCGCCAACUCUACGUAGAAUUUCGAUUCUUUCAACAGACCACACUUUAAAUGUUGACUUUAUUGGAAUAUUAUCAGAUAUAUUGGACAACAAAUUUUUAUAUUAUUUUCAAUUUUCGAUUGAGGAACCUGAGGAAAAGAGCGAAUCAUAUUCAACACUUACGAACUCCAUCCAAGACACUUUCUUGAAUAGAGACGUAUUUUAUUUCAGAGAUUUUCAUACAAACCCGCUUGAGCCACAUGUUGUGUACCACGUAUUCAAACAUUGUAGAAAACAGUUACAACAGUGCUCUCUCACUUCGAAAAUGGUGAGAUUUUUUGCUCAACAGCAAUAUUUUGAAUUUCCAAAGAAGUGUUACUUGAAGGCAAAGUGCUUUCAAUUCAUUGAAAGUAGUUUUAACACCUCAGUCUAUUCUAAAAUCAAAAAGCUUACCUUACAAUUACCGACAAUUGACGACUCUAAUGUUGUUACAACAGCAAGCAUGAUCAUGGAGGCCACUUGUCUUGAAAAAGUGAUACUUCAUGGAUUAGAAGAAGUCAACGAGACUCAAGCUCGAUUAUUUGCUCAAACAUGUGAAAGUAAGAAGCGAGAGGAUUCUAGAAUUAGAAAAGUCAUUCUUUACGACAUUCCAGGAGAAAAAUUACAACUAUUUAUUCCGACCUUGUUAAACUUGGAAGUCUUUCCCAAAUUGACAGCGUUAUAUUUUACCAACUCUAUUACAGAUCAACAAUAUAAUUUAGAUCUAAUCCAAACAUUGACCAAUUCCAUUGCCUUACAAGAAAAGUAUUAUCCAAAGGGAUUGAAAAAGCUUGCACUUCCUUCAGAGUCAAUCACCAAAUCAGAACAUACUGAUUAUUUACUGCAGUCAUUGAUGAAAAAUAAGGUUUUAGAGUCAUUAUCCAUAUUUAAUGCUCCACUGACUUCGCUUGAUACAUUUGUCGAUUUCUUUAUUACCAACAAGACUGUCUCUGAAAUCAAGUUAAACUAUUCGUCUUGCAAAGAAAUACCCAAAGAAUUACUUUGCACAGAAGAUUUCACUCCUGAAUUUUGCAGAGUGUUUGGCGCAAUGCAAUUGAAUUGGGCCUUAGUGGCGAUUGAUUGGUAUGUCGAAUAUUAUUGGUACGACUUUAUUUUGGGUUCCAGGAAUUACGUAGGGGAAAGAUUUUUGGUCGAACGAAUCAUGGCACGAAACAAACAACAGGUAAUUAUUAACAAGUACAUGACCAAAGUACUUGGUUCCAUUUUUUCUGAUUCGAGCACCAAGUACCUCUUCGAUAUUGUAAUUGUGACUCAUGGGCAUCAAUAA